AUGAGUUCUUUGAAGCAAUUCAUUCGCAAUGUGCGGGCUUCAAAGACCAUCGCCGAUGAGCGCGCAGUUGUACAGAAGGAAAGCGCUGCAAUAAGAGCAAGCUUCAGGGAAGAGAGCGGAGACUCUAAUGUCAGACGGAACAAUGUUGCGAAGCUCCUGUACCUCUUCACCCUUGGGGAACGAACCCACUUUGGCCAGAUCGAAUGUCUGAAGCUGCUGGCGUCGCCUCGAUUUGCAGAUAAAAGAUUGGGAUAUUUGGGGACGAUGCUUCUCCUGGAUGAGAACCAGGAGGUCCUGACUUUGGUCACGAAUUCAUUGAAGAAUGACCUCAACCACUCCAACCAGUACAUCGUCGGACUCGCCCUUUGUACCCUCGGAAACAUUGCCUCCGUUGAAAUGUCAAGAGAUCUUUUCCCCGAGAUCGAAACACUCCUCUCUACCGCCAACCCAUACAUUCGACGUAAAGCUGCUCUGUGCGCAAUGCGGAUAUGCAGGAAGGUUCCGGAUCUUCAGGAACACUUCCUUGAAAAGGCGGCGACGCUUCUUUCCGACCGAAAUCAUGGUGUCUUACUGUGCGGCUUGACAUUGGUUACAAGUCUUUGCGAGGCUGAUGAGGCUGAAGGAGGCGAAGAGGGCAUUGUGGAAAAGUUUAGACCAUUCACGGGAGCCCUCGUACGGACGUUAAAAUCGCUAGCAAGCUCCGGAUAUGCACCAGAGCACGAUGUCACUGGCGUGACAGACCCUUUUCUCCAAGUCAAAAUCUUGCGAUUACUACGGGUUCUAGGUCGUGGGGAUGCGCAGACAAGUGAGCAGAUCAAUGAUAUCCUGGCCCAAGUCGCAACCAAUACCGAUUCCUCGAAGAACGUUGGAAACUCUAUCCUCUACGAAGCCGUUCUCACUAUUCUCGAUAUCGAGGCAGACUCUGGACUGCGUGUUCUCGGCGUCAACAUCCUGGGCAAAUUCCUCUCCAACAGAGAUAACAACAUCCGUUAUGUUGCCUUGAAUACGUUGAUCAAGGUCGUUGCAGUCGAGCCCAACGCCGUGCAGCGACACCGAAAUACCAUCCUCGAAUGUCUCCGCGAUCCGGAUAUCAGCAUUAGGAGGCGAGCUCUUGAUUUAAGCUUUACUCUCAUCAACGAAAGCAACGUGAGAUUGCUAAUCCGGGAAUUACUGGCUUUCUUAGAGGUCGCGGAUAACGAGUUCAAGCCGAUAAUGACUAGCCAGAUUGGUAUCGCAGCGGAUAGGUUCUCUCCCAACAAACGAUGGCACGUUGAUACCAUGCUACGGGUUUUGUCACUUGCUGGCAACUAUGUCAAGGAGCAGAUUUUGUCAUCAUUCAUUCGACUCAUCGCAACGACCCCUGAGCUGCAAACAUAUACCGUACAGAAACUGUAUGCCAACCUGAAGAAGGAUAUCACUCAGGAGAGUCUUACCUUGGCUGGCGCAUGGUGCAUUGGAGAAUUCGGUGAUGCUCUUCUUCGAGGUGGUCAGUAUGAGGAGGAGGAAUUGGUUCAGGAAGUCAAAGAACAUGAGAUAGUUGAUUUGUUCACGUCCAUCUUGAACAGCAGCUAUGCCACUCAAAUCACAACUGAGUAUAUCAUCACAUCUCUGAUGAAACUCACCACCCGGUUUUCGGAUCCCUCACAGCUUGAAAGGAUUCGACGGAUACUACAAAGCAACUCGACCAGCCUUGAUGUCGAGGUCCAACAACGAGCCGUCGAAUAUGGCAAUCUGUUUGGGUAUGACGCAAUCCGAAAGGGGGUUCUCGAAAAGAUGCCCCCGCCACAGAUCAAAGAAGAGUCGAGAGUAUUUGGUGAAGCUGCCAAGAAGCCGAACAAAUCGGCCAAUCGAAAAUCGAAGAGCAUCAAGCCAGCAGAGCAGGACCUCCUGUUUGACCUUAUGGGUGACGGCGGCGUGGCAGCACCCGACAUCAGUGGCACUUUGAAUGGCUCUCAGAACAACACAGAUCUUCUUGCAGAUAUACUGGGCGGCAGCACCUCAGCUCCCGCCACCUCCCCGGCUCCCCAGCAAUCAAAUGUGAGCUCGAUUAUGGAUCUCUUUGAUAACCCGGGACCCCAACAACCCAAGGCAAAUGCGCCUCUCUCCUCGAAUAGCCAAUUUUCGGGCAUGUCCUCGCCACCACCUCAGGCCGCCCCUGUCUCCACUCCCACACAUACAUGCUACGAUAAGAAUGAUCUUAGCGUAGUACUACAGUUACAAAGAAAUGCAGAAGGUACCGUGCAGGUCAUGGCACGCUUCAGGAACAACUCGAUAAAUCAGUCACUGUCAAGUGUUUCUUUGCAGGCUGCUGUGCCCAAGACACAGAAACUUCAACUAAACGCUAUGUCGAGCUCGGAAUUAGCGCCGGGAGCUGAAGCAACCCAGUCAAUGCGAAUUAUGGGUAGCAAGGGACCACCAUUGCGAUUACGAUUGAAGAUUUCUUAUGCACAUCCUUCUGCAGGUCAAAUUACAGAUCAAGUAGAUUGGUCGGAACCCAGGUAA